UUUCUGCAGACAGUAAGACCAGGCGUGUGGUACUGGAAAGAUGAUACUAACACCCUUGAAUUUGCAAGCUCCAGUCCAGCAGCUGAGAAAAACCUUAAAGAAGUUAAAAAUACUCUCUUCCAGGAAAUACGUGUAAGGACAUUAAAGAGCGUCUUCCAAGAUGACUGCAGUCCAAAGCUCCCUGAAAGAAAGCUGUCUGACAAAGAAGGAAAAUUGCACAUGGUACCCCAGUGGGUACCACACGAAUAUGUGACGUUAGAUGAUGUCAAAUAUGCUGCUUUGCUUUUGAAAGACACACAUGAGUCACAUCACAUGUUGUCAUUUGAAGAAGUUAUGGGGAAUGAGAAACUAGAUGACUUCCUCAUGGCCCUGCUCUUCUACAUAUCUUUUUACCUGGAAAAAAUUGCCCUGGAAAAGAAAUACAGAUCCUUGAGUUUGACUAUGAUAUCUUUUGAGAAGACAGAAAUGGACAAUGUGUUGGAGAAGAUAGCAAUGUCCAGGAUUCACCUUGCCAAGGUGUACUGUAACCUUAUCCUUGGACGACGCAUGGCACAGCAGUCUAGCAGAAAGGGAAAACCAUCAUUGCAGAAAGAUCGGAGCUACUUUGAGGGCUUGUACAACUUCAGCAGCUAUGUGAUUUGGCUUGUGUUCAGACGUAAGCACUUCCAAGUGAUUCGGGAAGAAAUCGGCAGGCUUCUUUUCUCUGAUGUGUUCAAUCCUGCCUUAAGAGGCAAGAAGAAUAUUGAGCUGCAGGAACGAGGAAAUGGAACAGCUGAUGCAAAUACUGCACAAUUGCUGUAUCCAAGAAAAGGCCGUGACAAGCAUCCUUCCAUAAGCACCAUGAUACAGCAGUGCUCACCAGUGCUGAGCACGCUGCUGCCCUUACCAAAGGACAGUGCUCAAUACCUCUUCCAGAACCAGGACUGUCAAGCUAGGGAUCCUCAACCUUACACGUGUGAUGACCUGCCAGACUUCUCUGAAUUGUUCACUAACAAGGUGGGCAUCAUUGGAGCUCAUUGUAGUGAGUUACAAUCUCUCAUAAGCACAUCUGAGGAGAAAAAGGAGGAGGAGGAGGUUGAGCAGGAGGAAACACAAAGGAGAAAAAAGAGUGACUGCAGUUUGCCGCCUCUGGGAAGCCCCCAAAACAGGCUCAGUACUCAAGGCACUGUGCUCUGAAGAGCAGUGGCAGAAGG